AAAAUUCUGGCAAGUUUACUAUCGCUUUGUUUGGAGAAAAGCCUGAUUUCAUGAGCAAGAUCGAAAGUACAUUCCUCCAAGGUCACUGUACUUUUGGGAAGCCUUCACCUUACUGUGAAUUGAAAGAAGAUAAUUCAUUCAGGAUCAUCAGUGCUCCUAAAUUCUUUGAUGAUGAAUGUAUGAAUCCAGACCAAAAGAUUAUUGACUUCAUGGCACUUUCAUAUCCUGGCCCUCAUUUAUUCAUACUGGCAAUAGAGUCAGAAAGCACAUCUAAAGAAAAAGUGGGGAAUCAAAUCAUUGCAUUUAAAGAUAUCUUUGAAGAAAAUGUCACAGAAAAUUUAGUUGUCAUCUUAGAAAAACAAGAAAACCAUGAUUUACUCAGUUAUGUAGACGAAGUGUUCAACGUCAAGUCGGUUAUUCUGAAAAAAAUGGUUUCAGUAUUUAUGAACUGGUCUUCAAACCAUCAGUCAUUUCAGUUUGACUACAAAAACUACAGCCACAAAAUUGUGCAAAGAAGGAAACAUGAGUUGGAACGCAAAAGAAAUGACUUUCAUUCUUACAAUGACCUUCAGAGAACAGACGCAGGUUCAUCCAAACGUGCUCCCCUCCUGUCAUCACAAUGGACCGGCUCUACGUUGAUGAACAGCUCUACCAUGACCCCAGCACCACUCCCUGGUGGCAGUGCCCACAGUUCGUUAGAUGCUGUGUUUAACAUAGUUCUGCUGGGAAAAGGUGGGACUGGAAAGAGCGCUUCAGCAAACGCAAUCCUGGCUGCAGAGAACUCCCUGCAGCCAAUGCUUCCAUCCCUGACAAUUGGGAAUAGCCAGCAGGAUUCAACCCCAUUUAAAUCCUAUCCAAGCUCAACACCAGUAACCACCAAGUGUGAGACCAGAAUGAUGAAGGUUGGGAGUGGAAAACAGAUUAGACUGGUUGACACCCCGGACUUCUGUCAUGAAAACAAAUCCAUGCAAGAGGCACAGCUGAAUGAGUGUGACAGUGCCCAUGGUGUGUCAGGAACUAUACUGAACAUUGUUCUGUUGGGAGAAAGUGGGACUGGAAAGAGUGCAUCUGGAAACACCAUCCUCGCUGCAGGAAACUCCCAGCAUUUAAUCAUUCAAGCAUUCAGUUCAUCUCAGCAAGAAGUGUGACCCCAAAGUGCUGCACUGUAUGCCUUUUAACACUAAGGGGUCCUGACAAUGCACCACUGUGAUGAUUGGUGAGUAGAAACAGGUCUUUCUGCAGCCUUCAUGUCUCUUCUAACAAUGAAUGCCUGUUUGUACUUUAAGCUAAACAUAGUCUGUGUUAUCAUUGGCUUGUGAGUCAUCUGAAAAAAUUGUUCUAACCUACAUGAAAUGUGCUACACAAACAGAGUUUGACUGAUUGAUUUUUUUGAUUGACAAGUUCAGCAGGAUAUUUUUUGGCCUACUGUCAUUUACACUAACAAAAACAUGUGCAGUGUUAAAUCAUGCAACCAGUCAACUUAAUCUCUUGCAGUAGAUAUCUGUGCAGUUCCUGAGUCAUACUGAAAAGCAUGCCUUUUAUCAAGGAUUUCACCAUCAUCAAGGCUGCAGGAGAAAAAAGUGAUGGUCCCUUGGAGAGUUUUUAGAUCAGAUAGGUGACGUUUAAAGAAUUAAGGCAAUGUGCAAGUUGCUGGUUUAUUUAUUUAUUUUUAGUCUUUCCAAGAUGUCAAUUUGAUCCCCAUCAGUCACCAACAGCAUCCUGGUAAAACAGGUGCUGUAAGGGGUGAAACAAAUGGAGCAAACCUGUGCGCUGAAACUUGCAGCUGUACGUGACUGUACAUCUAGUACUAUUCAGUACUGUGAGAAUGAUGUGAUCAAGUUUUUUUAUAUAAACAUUUUUUUAAACAAGUUUGUGAAAUAAAUACAUAAAAAUAGAAAAAAUAGUAAUUAUAUAUUUGUUUUUAAAAAGUUAUAAAAAGAACCCUUUGUUGAGAUAAGCAGGACAGAGCAGAUCUAUUUUGUUGUUGUUGUUGUUGUUUUUUCGUUUUGUUUUUUACCAGAAAAGAUGGAUAUGUCUUUCAGCCAUUGCUACUAUCUGUUUUUUUUUUUAUCAAGUCCUUCGGUUCUGGCUCCGUUCCUCUUCACCA